CCCGGGACGCUGUGGUGCGGCGCGGGCAGCAACGCGGAUGCCUACGAGCAGCUGGGGGAGCACCGGGACACGGACCGGUGCUGCCGGGACCACGACCACUGCCAGCACGUCAUCCACCCCUUCACCGCCCGCUACGGGUACCGCAACCUGACUCUGCCCCUCGGCAGGUUGAAGGAGUGCCUGCGGCGGGUGAACGACACGGCCUCACGGGUGGUGGGCCAGGCCUUCUUCAACGUCAUCCAGGUGCCCUGCUUUGAGUUCGCCUACAAGGAGGAGUGCGUGGAGCCCUACCUCUACGUCUGGUGCAAGGCGUACAACACGGUGGCCAUCGCGGUGCCCAGGGAGCCGGUGCUGUAUGAGUUCGGUGGGGAGCUCAUCGACCGCGCAGCGAGGCCCAGGGGGGUCCCUCUGAGCCCCCUGUGGAGCGGCGCAGGCUCCUGUAGCGAAGAAUUUGAGGGCAGCACCCAGAGACAGGGCAUUGCCACCAACUCCUGCAAAGCCCUCCCGAGUGAGGAGCGCGGCUCGGCACAGAGUCCCCUCUCCUACCCAGCGAGGCCGGUAGAAAGAUCUUCCCACACCAGCGCCAAAUUCCAGAAUCGGAAAAAGCUGGAGCGACAGGAGCUGCCUCCUGUUUUGCCAGGACAUGGCCUUGGGAGAUCAGACAGCACCGAGGGCCAGAGCAGAGGUGCCCUGGGCAAAGCCCACUGUUCCCAGAGGAGCGUGCAGUGCAAUCCCAAAUCCCUGAAAUAA